AAAUCCCACUGCCCCGGGUCACGUGCUCAGCCGCCAUAUUGGCUCCGCUGGCCACCGCGGCCGGGAGGGGGUGUGCUAGGGCGGCGCUGUUCCUCUGGACGUAGUUUCCAUCCUGGGAGAGCGGUCCUUGGAGUGUUCAGGGGAGGGAGCGGAGAUGGCGGCCUUGGUGCGGGAAGAUGGCGCCCGAGGCCCAGAGCGAGGGCGGCGGGGCUGCGAGCAUUAUGACAGAGGAUGUCUCCUGAAGGCACCUUGCUGUGACAAGUUGUAUACUUGCCGGUUGUGUCAUGAUAACAAGGAAGAUCAUCAGCUAGAUCGCUUUAAAGUAAAGGAAGUACAGUGCAUAAAUUGUGAAAAAAUUCAACAUGCCCAACAGACUUGUGAAGAGUGUAGCACAUUGUUUGGAGAAUAUUAUUGCAGUAUAUGCCAUCUGUUUGACAAAGACAAGAAGCAGUAUCAUUGUGAAAACUGUGGAAUUUGUAGGUACUUUGAUAAAGACUGAUUUUUUUACUGAAGCAGGUGCAACCUUUGUUCUUUUGGUAAUUUAAAUUUCUCUUUUAAACAGUGUAUUGAAAAUGUUUCCCGGCAGAAUUGUCCAAUAUGUUUGGAGGACAUUCACACAUCUCGUGUUGUUGCCCAUGUCUUGCCAUGUGGACAUCUUUUACAUAGAACAUGUUAUGAAGAAAUGUUGAAAGAAGGCUACAGAUGUCCAUUAUGUAUGCACUCUGCUUUAGAUAUGACAAGGUACUGGAGACAGCUGGAUGAUGAGGUAGCACAGACUCCUAUGCCAUCUGAAUAUCAGAACAUGACUGUAGAUAUUCUCUGCAAUGAUUGCAAUGGAAGAUCUACAGUUCAGUUCCAUAUAUUAGGCAUGAAGUGUAACAUUUGUGAAUCCUACAAUACUGCUCAGGCUGGAGGCUGUAGAAUUACACUAGAUCAGCAGUGACCAGCAUAUACUGCACUGGAAAACUCAGCAUUUUCUGAUAGAACAAAGCUAUCUUUAGUAUCCUAUUGUCAUAAUGUGUCAGAAUCUAUGCAUUAGAGUUGAUGUGUUUUGUAUUAGUGUCACAGCAUAAAGUCAUAUUACAAAUACUUAAGGAUUCAGGGUCUCUUUAUAGAAUUAUCAUAUCUCUAUAUUUAAUGAACACCACUGCACCUAUGUUUUGAUUGAAAAUUCCUUUAGCAUCAGUUGUUUGGAAGCCAAUGAUGUUUGCCACUAAAACUUACAUCCAUAGAAAUAUGUUAUACAUUCAUGGAACUUUGCUUUAAAUGGCAUUCUGCAUGCAGAAUUCAUUUCUAGUUUGACAGAACUGUAAUUAAUUCUAAGUAUUAUUCUUGACUUUUUAAGGGCUGUACUAUAAUAAGAAUAUGUUCUAUCUUACUGUUAAAAUCUAAUUCCAUAUGCUUUAGAAAUUUAUAAGACAGUCCUUUGGAUCUUGUAAAUGUGAAUUUUGACAUAAUAACUGCUAAUAAAAUUAUAUUGAAACAGUG